GCGUUUCUCUCGCGUUCCUUCUCAAAGCAGUGACGCGUCUCCAUGUUCUCUUUAACCAAGACUUGGCCACCGUGCCCUCCCACAUACACAAUCUCCCACUUCUGCACCAACUUCACCAUGGCCGAAGCCACCACGCCGGAAGUUCGUGCCUCGAAGCGCAAGAGGGCCCAGGUCAACUACUACGAGGAGCCUGCCAGCGACGAUGAGGUGCCCGAUAUUCCCGACGUGGAUGAAGAGCAGGAGGAGGAGGCCAACGUCAAGAAAUCAUCUCGAGCAAAGAAGCGCAAGAUCACAUCCUCCAAGCCUCUCCCGAAGAAGAAGAUCUUCCCUUUCCUCAGACUGCCCGCCGAAAUCAGGAACGAGAUCUACUCCUAUUGUCUUCACGACCCAGCUGGCAUCUACCUCUUCUCCACCACCCAAAAGUUCCGCCGCACCGUAUGCAGGGGUAGCGAGCGGUCCUUCCUUGGUCCGGCCGCAGAUCCACCUUUGCCACGAAGUUCCAUGCAACUAGACGAUGGCAAUUUCUCAGACGACGAAAAAGCCAGAACCUUUCACCGUGACCCGCCAUGCGACUCCUUCCGCCCAUUCGCCCCCGCUCUCCUCGCCGUCUGCAAGCAGAUAAACAUAGAAGCCCGGCCUAUCCUCUACGCCCAUCAAUUCUUCGUGGAAGACACGCUCGCCCUGCACUCCUUCCUUGUCGACCUUGGUCCCCGUGCAGCAGGCUACCUGAAGAACAUCACGCUCGGCGAAUGGGGGUUCGGCCGCGGCGUGCACAAAGCCUACAACCACGCGUGCUUCACUGCGCUCUCCGCCGCCACGAACCUCGAGCGCUUCACUUUCCACGGCAUCCUCAGCUGGAGCCAGGCCCCCAAGGCGGGAGCGACCAUCUUCUACCGCGAUGCCUUUCCGUGGCUUGAGGCUGUCGGUGCAGCAAAGGGGAAGACGGACGCGGCGCUGGAUAUCAUCGAUAUCAUGGUGCCGGACUCGGGCACGAUUCACUCUUUCUACUGGGGGAGGCGUCGGAGGUGGGGAAACCGGGCAAGGCCAUUCUUCAAGGAGUACGAUCAGAUUGAGGGGUUUCGCAAGGAGCUGAGCAAGUUGCUGAACGCGAGAAUGGAGAGGAUUAGAGGUUGAGCGAGUGGAUGACAGAGUCAACUAGCACGGAUUCGAUUCGCCAGAUUGAGAAGAGAGUGAACAUGCCUCCGUUCAGAGGGACGCAAUGAUUCAUCUUUGAGACGGAGAGGACUUAUUCGGCUGCAGCAUUAUCACGGACAUUCAAAGGCCUGCACGAACACGGCCGGCAAUACGACGACAUGACAUUACGACGAGCAUGGUGUGGAGAGUAUCUUCAUGGGGAACAUUAUAGCGUUUCAACGGAACAUGUUGUUAUGAAUACAUUAUCAAAUAUUUGCAC